ACCGGCAGGGCAAUCGAAAUGAAGACGCGAGGAGGAGCCGCGGCGAAAUUUUCAUUUCACUGCUGGGACGCAUUUGUUAAAUAAAUUGUCGACGCAUGCAUAUGCUAAAAAGUUACGGUGUUCGCAAUGACGCACCCCUGUGACACUGUAUACCAACUGGGGUAGUGGGGAGACCGUAUAGAAGGACAGUCGGCCAAUCGGCCGGUAGGUUACGCAGGAUAUGACCAAUCAGGGGAUACGAGAACGCAAGUGUAUCUUGGAACACCCACGCUUAUUGUUGCGCCCAGUCGCAUCGAUUUCAACCUCCGGCGCCCAGUGGCGUAGCAAGAAGUGGAAAGCGCGUACAUAUGCAUAAUUGGAUACGUUUGAAAUACGUGAUCAUAUUUUUCCGACAGUCGAAAAGUGUGUCUUAACAAAUAAGAUAAUUUUAAUAAACUCGCGCAGCCUUCCUUCAAAUUUUUCAGCAUCUCGAAAUUUUUAAUAUUAAAUUAUUAAUCAUUCUGUUAAUGAUUCUAGUGUAUUAAUCUAAUAAUUUUUCAAGAUGAAACAAUUAUAAUUUAAUUAUAAUAUCUAAUUUAUAUAUAUGUAAGUUCUAGCGAUGCGUUAGUACGAUCCUGUCUUUAGCCAAUAGCAGGUAACUUUUACCUUGUCACAUAUAAGAACACAGCCAAAGUGCCACUUAUGGGCUUGGAUCCUGAAUUGCUUAAUCCAUCGGAGCUGCAGAAGUGCGAGGAUAUCCGUUCCGAGGCGGAACAGUCUACGGAGAGUGAGCUUAUACCUGACCAAGAUGUGUUAGAAUCCAUAGAAGAUAUUUAUUUCACUACCGACGGCAACUUCGACCCGUCACGUUACGAGCUAGAGAAAUUACCGAUAUUGAACUCCAAGCAGAUUCAGAAGUGCCACAAGAAGCUCGAGCAACAAUCCCAAGUUGUCUCCAAGAAACUCUUACAGCUCAUCUUGGACAAGCAGAAAGCCUGCGAAGUGGAAUUCGGCAAGAUUCUGCUGCUGCAGGAGCAGCUGCAGGACAUUCUAGAAAUAUGUCGAAUAGGAAGGACAGAUCUGAAACUGGCCAAGACGCAGUUCACAACAGCUAGCUUAGGCAUACUGGCCAAUUAUCAGAAGCGGCAGAUAGUCGAGGAGCUAUUAAGCAACCUGAAGACUAUAAAAACGUUGCAACGUACGGGGGAUCGUCUGCAGGAGCUGCUGAACGAGGGCAACUACCCUGGCGCCAUAUCACUCCUCCUGGAAUGCCAGAGUGCCGCUCAGACUUACAAGCACUUUCACUGCAUCGCCGCGCUGAACGGAAAGCUGCAAGAUAUUUUGGUGCAGGCGGAGGAGGCGCUAGACAAUACACUUUCGAAAAUGUGUACUCAGUUCGACGUGACGGUGUACUCCUCGAUCCAGGAGGCGUACACGUUGCUGGGGAAAACCCAGUCUGCCAUGGAUCAGUUGCACAUGCACUUCACCGUUGCCAUUCACAAUACCGCGUUCACCGCCAUUCACUCGUACGCGGGCGGCGACAUGAAGAGGGAGUACAAGCAGCUGUGUCAAGCCGUGCCCCGCGAGAAGUGCGUGGCCUGCCUCAUAGAGCUGUGCAGAUCCCUGUGGACAAUACUGAGCUCGUACUACCUAGUUGUAAAUUGGCACAACGUGCAAAACGAUCAGCAGCCGGAACCGGAGAGAUCUGACGUUAAAGAUCUGGAGGCGAAUCUCAGCAAGCAGUACAUCAAGCGUAAAUUAGAGAACAGUAUGGGCCGAGUGUGGCACGACGUGGAAAUGAAGAUAUCGAUAUACUUGACAAACGCCGAUCUAACGUAUACCAAGUUCGAGCAGUUCGUUCAGGUAUUGGGUAUAGUUAAUAGGCUGAUGGAAAUCGGAGAGGAGCUCUGCAAUUUCAAGUCGAAGGACUUGCAGGAGUCGAUCAGAAAGCAGUCCCUGUCCUACUUCUCUCAUUAUCACACAUCCCGUUUGGACGAGCUGAGGAUAUUCCUGGAGAACGACGGGUGGGAGCUGUGUCCCGUGAAGUCUAAUUUUGUCGCUACUCAAUUAUUGGAAUUUCGCAGCUUAAAACCGUCGCUGAGUAACUGCAAAGCGUGGAGCAGCCUGGACAGCUCGAACCUGAGCGACAGCGACAACUCGACGGGGAUCGAUCUGCAAAAGUACUUGGAGGGUGGCUCGUCGCUGUUCACGAUAGGGUUGGACGAUUCCGUGGAUGAAGACAUCUUGAUAAAUAAUGAUCUUGAUCAGCCUGCGUAUUUCUCGGACGAGUCCGACGACGAUAUUCCCGAUGAACUGAAGCACGAGUACGUCGACGAGUCCGAUCACACGAAAGCUAGUAAGAAAAAAUGCAAACUCAAACAAUCCGGACCGAUGGUGACGAACACGACGUUGAGCGUACUGCGAGUUUGCGGCAAAUAUCUGCAGAUGUCGAAGCUUUUACGAUCGAUCGCGGUCACCGUCAUACAAAGCAUGAUACAAUUUUUCGAGCUGUGCUUCUACACGGUACACUUAUUCUUUACGUCGGAUCUCCAAAUCAACAGCGAUUCUUUGUACAGCCCAAAGUUAAAAUUGUCUUUAACGAGAAUUCGAGAAAAUUUGAUCAUCCUGGAGAACGACGCGAACGAAGAAAGCGCGAGCUACAAUAAAAUAAAGCAACCACAGCUCUCGUCCAUCGUGAAUCUAUCGCAGCCCGAGAAGCUUUACGGAUUAACGGAGCGCAUUGUGGCUGUCGAGUCUCUGAUAUUUUUAGGGCAACAGUAUGAGAGCCUGAAGCCAUACUUGGAACAUCUCAUUGCCAACAGUCCUCAGAGGGGAUUUUUACAUCAGUUUUACAUGCAGACAAUAGCGUCUACUGCGGAUCUAAGGAAGCCAGUUUACAUGGCUGUAGCGUCGCAAGCGUUCGACAUUGCGAGCAUUUUGAAUCUAAUGAACAAGGUCAAUUGGGAAGUGACGGAUGUUAUGUCUCAGCAUAGUAAUUACAUCGACGCACUGAUCCAAGAAGUGUGUACCUUGAGUGAAAGGCUCAACACUAUCGGAACAUACAUUCCUUUAAAUACGGAUGUGUGUAAUGCAGUAUGGGAAAAUGUAGCCCACUUAAUCACGCACACUUUAGUGGAAGGAUUUUCCAGUGCUAAAAAGUGUUCGAACGGCGGUAGAGCUCUGAUGCAACUCGAUUUCACGCAACUGCAGUCCAAGUUUGAGAAACUGACAUCGUUGAGGCCUAUGCCACACAGGGAAUACGUCGAAUUGUACAUUAAAGCAUACUAUCUUCCUGAAAAUAGCUUUGAGGAGUGGAUUAAGGAACACAAGGAAUAUUCAGUUAAGCACUUGAUCGGUUUAAUCUCCGCCACGUGUCAAAACAAUAAGAAGACUCGACAGCGACUGAUAGCGCUUGUGGAAGAGCAACGAUCUAGUAGAUAGCAUCCGACUAUUUAUUACAAAUCCCUGCAAGAUUAUAUCGAAAUAGGUGUAUAAAUAUAUUAUGAAGCAUCUAUUAAAUGGAGAAUACGAUAAGCGUGUUGUUACUUGUACAGUAGAACGAUUUCUAGGUACGUUGUGAAUUGAUCGAAUAUUCGUAUUUAAACUAUUUUCGGAAACUGAAGAAUCAUGACCAUGAACCAAGCAGGCUGCGUUUCAAUAUACUUACGAAAUAUUCUAUAUAUAUAUAUAUAUAUAUGAAUCUCACAUAAUUAUAUAUAUAUUUAAAAAAAAUGCUUUUACAAUAUACUAACUUAAUUGUUAUGCGAAUUAAAAUGUUAAUUCUCUAAUGUAUAUAUAACGAAUGUUUUAAUACGCAUAUAUAGUAAUUUAAGUUCUCUAUAAUCAAGUCAUGUUUGGCAUCGAAUUGUGUAUGAUACAAUUUUAUAGUAUACUUUUAGGAAAAAUUAUUUUUACUAGAUGUAAGAUAUUUCUUAAGAGCUAAAAAAAAUGUGCAAUUACGAAUCUCAUCUGUGGAUCUAUAAGUUUACAAUUAAAUCGAAAUAUUAACAUAUAUAGACGACUUGUGACGUGUAUGAUCCGUAUAUUAUUACUGCUUUAAUUUAAAAAAGGGCUAGAUCCUUUCCCAGGAUUCUUUUACGAGGAUAAUAAAAAAUUACCGCUGUCGUAAGAUACAGUGACGAUAGUUUCUCGGGUUUCAAAGGCUUAAGUUUACAUUGACUUUAUUUUCAUAAAAAGGCAUGUAUCAAAUACAUAACGUAUAACAUGUGUGUUUCUUCUCAGAUUAUAUAUUUUGUAUUAAACUUCGGGUAAUAAUAAAUAUUUUUGCAUCUACAGCA